AUGUCAAUUGGCGAAAAUAUUCGAUUUGGUAUUGGUGAAAGCCAGACGGUGUCUCAGGAGCAAACUGAGAAAGCAGCACGUGCAGCCAAUAUUCACAACUUCGUUGCUGGUUUGCCGGACGGUUACAUCAGCACGCGUGUCGGUGACAAGGGCUCGCAGUUGCCUGAUGGUCAGAAGGAACGUAUAGCCAUUACCCGUGCAAUGAUCCGCAAGAUGAAGGAUCUAUUGCUUGAUAAGGCCACUUAUGCUCUCACCCGAAAAGCUUGUCCAGGCUGCUAUGUUAACAUUAUCAGUGAGGAUAGUCCUACUACAAUUUACGCGCAAAAUCGACCUUUGUUAACUCUUUAUGCUAUCUUUUGAAAACAAAUUCAUAACAGGAUGCUGACUAGUUAAAUUUGCUACUGAAACUCAAUGGCGUAUACGCAUCGCUUGUACUCUGGCAAUCCCUCCAUGCUAAUUCAACGUAUAAUUUAUUCUUCUUCAUUUCUUGUCGUUGCUUUCUAUUACAUUAUGUACACACAAACGCAUUGUAUUAUCUUUCCCUCCCAGUAAAUUCUCCUUAUUACGGUUUCCGCUCCUUUUGAACAUGUAGCAUAGAUCUACACAACCUUUUUCUCGCUGCCGCUAUGUACUACUACUGCUAU